CUCUCGGCUGAGUCGGCUCUCGCUGAGUUCUGAGCUUCGCCUCGUGCCUUGCCGUGGUUUGGUUUAAAUACUUAUUAUCAAAUAACUAAACUACCAAAUUAGUCAAUCAUUUUCGUCUUCUCUAGCGGACCAAGUAGUAGAGCUCUGAACUUGAACAGGAGAAGAGUAUUGCCAUUACCGAAAAGGCUGGUGGCGGCAUUGUCAGUCAAGACAUGGAGGGUGAGGCAAAUCCAAUAUUGCCUGUCGAAGAACAAGAUUCGAUUGCAGACUUUAUCGAACUUAUCGACAGUAUCGAUCUUGCAAAACUAAGUAACCAAGGGAACGAGUGCUGUUCACUCCCUUCUGAUCUUCAACAAUUGUCUCUAGCCGGACCUUCAUGUUCAAAUUCGACAUCUGAGGGGGUAAAAGGGAACGAGGGCUGUUCACUCCCUUCUGAUCUUCAACAAUUGUCUCUAGCCGGACCUUCAUGUUCAAAUUCGACAUCUGAGGGGGUAAAAGGGAACGAGGGCUGUUCACUCCCUUCUGAUCUUCAACAAUUGUCUCUAGCCGGACCUUCAUGUUCAAAUUCGACAUCUGAGGGGGUUGUGUGGUUUAGUGCUGGAAAAGAGGCGGAUUUACAACAAAAGGAAAAAAGAACGUACCCGCCAGCUCGAAAGCAACCGAUAAGGGUAAGCCAAAGGAUAAAAAAAAAACCAGAUGUAUUGACGUACGAUUGCAGCACGGACAACGGCUAUAUAUGGCCAGAAAGAAAAUUGGCAGGGCUUUAUGCUGGAUGCGUUGUACUUGGCACUGAAAACAUGGAAGGUUUGCAACGAUAUGUGCCUGAAAAAAAAGAAAAGCAUAUUAAAAGACAGCUCAACUUGUGGAAAGCAAUUGGUGAACAAGCAACAAAAGAUCAAGUAUUAGGAGAGUCUGAUGUUGAGCCAGCCUUUGAUAUAGAAAAAGUAAAGAACCUGGAUGAAUGGAUUGAAUAUUUCCAUAAAAAUAAAAGUAAUGCAUUUGAUAAGAAUAUAUUUUCGGAUUAUUUUUUGUUGUUUGCUGAAUAUGGAGAUCUACCUUCCAAAGAAGAAUGUGGAGGAGUAGACCCCAGGGAUAUGUACCGAUACCUCCAUUGUAUGCUAAAUGGUAUUCCUUUCUAUGGAUUGGAUGACUUAACCAAAAGAGUGAUCCUGAAGUGUAUUAAGAAUGUAAAGAAAACACUUAAUAAUCCUGAAUUGAUUGAAAGAUUGAGCAAGCAACUUAAUGACCUACCAACGGAGCCCGAUGUAAAAAAGUUUGGCAAGACAUAUUCUAGAGAGCCAAAGACUGAUGAACAAAAAUUGCAAAAGUUGCUCUCCCAUCCAGAUUUCAACCCACUCAAUCUUCCUACUAAGGAGCCUGUUCCAGAAAUCAUUCCAGAUAAUGGAGAAGGAGAAGAAGAAGAAGAAGAAGAAGAAGAAGAGGUGAUUGAGAUUGACCUCACAAAAGACUAAAUAUAUUGUGUUAUUUUGUUUGAAUGUAUUUUGAUAGAUUAAUAACUGCUAAAGAGAUGAGCCAUAAUUUAGUUCAAAUAUAAGUAUGAUCUCAUCUGUUUAUCAUACUUGAUGUUUUUGACACAUCUAUUUAAAUUCACACACUACCAAGUCACUCAUUGCUAACAGUGUCUUUAGUAGUAAACAUGCUUGUAUGUUAUGGACUAAAAAACAUCUGUAAAAUUAAUCUUUAUUUUGUGUGUAUGUAUUUUGCUAGAUUAAUAAGUGCUAAGGAGAUGAGCCUUGAUUUAGUUCAUGUUAAGUAUGAUCUUAUCUGCUUAUCAUACUUGAUAUUUUAGACACAUCUAAAGGGCCAAACAUAAACUUUUCUAAACAAUGGAAGGCCCAAUGUAUGUGUGUAUUGUUAGGUUUUUUUAUUUAAUUGUUCUCAACAUUUCACCUUUUUAGAUUUUGUAAAGAAGUAUGGGUUGCGUAUUUCGAUAAUGUUGAUAGUAACACAUUCACACACUACCAAGUCACUCGUAGCUAAACAUGUUACAGUGUCUUUAGUAGUAAACAUGCUUGUAUGUUACGGACUUAAAAAACAUCUGUAAAAUUAAUCUUUAUUUUGUGUGUAUGUAUUUUGCUAGAUUAAUAAGUGCUAAGGAGAUGAGCCUUGAUUUAGUUCAUGUUAAGUAUGAUCUUAUCUGCUUAUCAUACUUGAUAUUUUAGACACAUCUAAAGGGCCAAACAUAAACUUUUCUAAACAAUGGAAGGCCCAAUGUAUGUGUGUAUUGUUAGGUUUUUUUAUUUAAUUGUUCUCAACAUUUCACCUUUUUAGAUUUUGUAAAGAAGUAUGGGUUGCGUAUUUCGAUAAUGUUGAUAGUAACACAUUCACACACUACCAAGUCACUCGUAGCUAAACAUGUUACAGUGUCUUUAGUAGUAAACAUGCUUGUAUGUUACGGACUUAAAAAACAUCUGUAAAAUUAAUCUUUAUUUUGUGUGUAUGUAUUUUGCUAGAUUAAUAAGUGCUAAGGAGAUGAGCCUUGAUUUAGUUCAUGUUAAGUAUGAUCUUAUCUGCUUAUCAUACUUGAUAUUUUAGACACAUCUAAAGGGCCAAACAUAAACUUUUCUAAACAAUGGAAGGCCCAAUGUAUGUGUGUAUUGUUAGGUUUUUUUAUUUAAUUGUUCUCAACAUUUCACCUUUUUAGAUUUUGUAAAGAAGUAUGGGUUGUGUAUUUCGAUAAUGUUGAUAGUAACACAUUCACACACUACCAAGUCACUCGUAGCUAAACAUGUUACAGUGUCUUUAGUAGUAAACAUGCUUGUAUGUUACGGACUUAAAAAACAUCUGUAAAAUUAAUCUUUAUUUUGUGUGUAUGUAUUUUGCUAGAUUAAUAAGUGCUAAGGAGAUGAGCCUUGAUUUAGUUCAUGUUAAGUAUGAUCUUAUCUGCUUAUCAUAAUUGAUGUUUUAGACACAUCUAAAUGGCCAAACAUAAACUUUUCUAAACAAUGGAAGGCCCAAUGUAUGUGUGUAUUGUUAGGUUUUUUUUAUUUAAUUGUUCUCAUCAUUUCACCUUUUUAGGUUUUGUUUGAAAAAAAGUAUGGGUUGUGUAUUUUGAUAAUGUUGAUAGUAACACAUUCACACACUACCAAGUCACUCGUAGCUCGUAUGUUACAGUGUCUUUAGUAGUAAACAUGCUUGUAUGUAUGUUUUAGAGUAAAAGACAUUCGUACAAUUAACUAUCCAUCAUAGGCUAUAUACUUGUUGCUAAACAUGUUACAGUGUCUUUAGUAGUAAACAUGCUUGUAUGUAUGUUUUAGAUUAAAAGACAUCUGUACAAUUAACUAUCCAUCAUAGGCUAUAUGAAGAGUAAUUU